GUGCACUGUUUCGGGGCCCCAUUCAAUUUUGUUCCGAAUGACUUCAAGAAACCUAUCGAACGUAAAUCAGAUCGCAAUAUUCGGAACCGUAAGCGAAGACACGCCGGUACCCCACUAACUGAUUCCAGCAAUGUACCGUCUACCAAGUAUGCUGCGGCCUGUUUUGGCCCGUCGGGUAAUCCCUUCCCUGACAAGGUCGUAUGCCAAAGAUCUCAAAUUCGGACCUGAUGCCCGUGCUCUCAUGUUGCAAGGUGUGGACACGCUAGUUGAUGCUGUUGCUGUUACCAUGGGUCCAAAGGGAAGAAAUGUCAUAAUAGAACAAAGUUGGGGAAGUCCAAAGAUAACAAAAGAUGGGGUAACGGUAGCCAAGGCCAUCGACUUGAACGACAAGUAUCAGAACAUUGGUGCCAAAUUGGUGCAAGACGUAGCCAACAAUACAAAUGAGGAGGCUGGUGACGGCACAACUACUGCAUCUGUACUUGCCAGGGCCAUUGCAAUGGAGGGCUUUGACAAAAUCAGCAAGGGAGCUAACCCUGUAGAAAUUAGACGAGGUGUCAUGGCUGCCGUUGAAGCUAUUGUUGAACAACUGAAGUCCAUGUCUAAACCUGUAACAACACCAGAAGAGAUCGCACAGGUAGCAACCAUUUCUGCCAACGGUGACAGCACAGUUGGAAACCUGAUAUCUAAUGCCAUGAAGAAAGUUGGAAGGGAUGGAGUCAUCACAGUCAAGGAUGGUAAAACCAUGAAUGACGAGCUGGAAACCAUCGAGGGAAUGAAAUUUGACAGGGGAUACAUUUCACCUUACUUCAUCAACUCCACAAAAGGUGCCAAGUGUGAGUACCAGGACUGUUUGGUGUUGUUCAGCGAGAAAAAAAUCUCGUCCAUCCAAGGUAUCAUUCCAGCCUUAGAGUUAGCUAACCAGGCACGUAAACCCCUGCUGAUUAUUGCUGAGGAUAUCGACGGGGAAGCUCUGAGCACCCUUGUUCUCAACAGACUAAAGGUCGGACUACAGGUGUGUGCCGUCAAAGCUCCUGGGUUUGGUGACAACAGGAAGAACACCCUGAAGGAUAUGGCCAUCGCUACUGGUGGAGUGAUAUUUGGCGAUGAUGGUGAUAUGUUCAAACUUGAGGAUAUCCAAAUGCAGGACUUCGGUCAAGUUGGGGAAGUCACAAUUACCAAAGAUGAUACGCUGAUGAUGAGGGGUAAGGGUUCCAAAGAGGAUGUGGAGAAACGGGCCGAUCAGAUCAGAGAUGAAAUUGAUAUCAGCACUUCAGAAUACGAAAAAGAAAAGCUCAGUGAACGAGUGGCCAAAUUGGCUAAUGGAGUGGCUGUUCUCAAAAUCGGGGGCACCAGUGAGGUCGAGGUAAACGAGAAGAAGGACCGUGUCAACGAUGCUCUGAAUGCUACCAAGGCAGCUGUAGAGGAGGGUAUAGUACCUGGCGGUGGCACUGCCCUCAUCCGUUCUCUGGUUGCCCUGGAAAACAUCAAGGGAGAAAACGAUGACCAGAAAGCUGGUAUUGAGAUCAUCAAGAAAGCAUUAAGAUUGCCAGCUGUAACCAUUGUGAAGAAUACAGGGGUAGAUCCCUAUAGCAUCGUGGAGAAAAUCGCAAGUGGGGAAGGUGACUUUGGAUAUGACGCCUUGAAAGGAGAAUAUGUCAACCUAAUCGAGAAGGGAAUUAUUGACCCAACAAAGGUUGUUCGGACAGCUUUAGUGGAUGCUGCAGGAGUUGCCUCCCUUUUGAGUACAGCGGAAUGUGUGAUAACAGAGAUUCCCAAGCCUGACCCACCAGCACCCAUGGGAGGUGGUGGCGGUAUGGGAGGCAUGGGUGGCAUGGGAGGAAUGGGCUUCUAGAUUCCAUGGCAACCAGUUACCAAAAAACUUGUGGGACUUCUUACUACCAGGCAGGCUGUAUUAGUAGUCUCUGCUAUACAGACUGAAGGUGGGAACCAAAUGUGAUUCGCGGGGAGCUGAAUAGCUCUGAACUACAUCAUAUCUCGGCAUCAAACUGAAAUAAUGAUAUAAGUGGAUGUCUGUGUUGGUUUUGCUGUAAACCAAGACUGGUUACAAUACAUUUUGGUCAUGAAGCAAAAUCAUGGAAGGAAUUUUGUCAAGGAAUAUUUUGAAUUUUUUUCUGAUGUCAUUGCAUUUCUAUGUCGGGUUCCUACAUAGACGUAUUUCACUAUUCAACAGCACCCUUGCCAUUCUAUAUUAUUGGAGAACAAUUAUCGUAGUAAAGUAACAAAA